AGUCCGAAUAGAUUUCACUGUAAUCAGUAGACGAUCCACAGCUCGCUUCAUUUCCUUCCAAUGCGUGCAAAUCAGCAGAGGCUUCCACGCUCCGUUGCCGAUGGAGCAUUUUCGUGGCGGCGUCAAUUGUCAAAGCGGGAGUGGGCAAUUGCCGGUGCGGCCGCUACUGCAUUCGCCGCCUUCCUGUUUAUUAUUUCCCCAAUCUCGGUCUCCCGUACAUACACAGAUUCACCCGCGUAUUUUCAUGGAGAAGAUAAAGGUUCAGAGUGGGUGCCUUUCACGUCUUCAUUGAAAGCGCAGGAGAAAUCCGCUUUUUGUUUGGAUGGAAGUGUGCCUGGGUAUCAUUUUAGAAGAGGGUUUGGAUCUGGCAUCAAUAGUUGGCUCCUGCACGUCGAGGGUGGAGGUUGGUGCAAUACUAUACCAUUAUGUUCUGCCCGAAAGAGAACUGCCCUUGGUUCAUCGAUCUACAUGGACCGUCAAGCUCAAUUUUUGGGAAUCUUAAGCCAUAAUCCACUUCAUAAUCCUGAUUUUUUCAACUGGAACAAGGUUAAGAUACGUUAUUGUGAUGGAUCAUCCUUUUCCAGUCACCCUGAUCACGAGUUUAGAAAUGAAACACAACUAUUUUACAGGGGCCAGCUUAUCUGGGAAACAAUUAUGGAUGAACUAUUAGCAAUUGGAAUGUCAAUAGCUGAAAUGGCCCUUCUCACAGGAUGCUCUGCUGGUGGUUUGGCCACUCUUAUACACUGUGACAGUUUUACUGAUCUCCUACCGAAAAAUGCAAAUGUAAAGUGUCUUGCAGAUGCAGGUUUUUUCCUGAAUGAAAUGGAUAUUGCUGGAAAUCGCACAAUAGAAUCAUUUUAUCAGGAUGUCAUCCAUCUUCAGGGCAUUGCUAAAAGUCUGAACCAUGAUUGUGUUGCUCGAUCUGAACCUUCUAAGUGUUUCUUCCCUCAAGAGUUCAUAGGAAAUAUAAAGACUCCUGUCUUCCUUGUGCAACCAGCAUAUGAUUUUUGGCAGAUUGCACAUAUUUUGGUACCCCAAUCAUCAGAUCCGAGUGGCAGUUGGGCAAGUUGCAAACUGAAUAUUUUAAAAUGCAAUUCCAGCCAGCUAGAAAUUCUCCACAGUUACAGGAAUGCAUUGCUCAAAAUACUCAAUGAAUUCCAGAAAAAUCCGAAAGGGGGCGUGUUUGUAGAUUCUUGCUUUGUACAUUGCCAAACAUGGGCAACUGAAACAUGGCAUUCUCCUAGUUCUCCAAGAAUCAACAACAAGACAAUAGCAGAAUCAGUAGGCGAUUGGUACUUCAACAGAAGAGCAGCACAGCAUGUUGAUUGCCCUUUUCCCUGCAACCCCACAUGCUCACACAGGGACCUCAGUUUGCUGAUGCAUUAGAGACAGGAUCUGUCAACACCUUUGGCUUGAUGGUUAAUCUGGUUUUCUUGCAUCUGUACAAGAAUUUGUUUCUCAUAUCUCAAAUCUGAUACUUCAAUCACAGAUGAACUAAGAAUGGUGUACAUUUCGCACAUUCCCAUGUUGUAAUAAAAGUAGUAAGAAAAAACCAAAACCAUAACAACCUGCCUAUGGUUUCAACGGUUGGCAGUUGUCCACCAGAUAUAGUAACAUAGCACAUUCUGUUUUAUCAUUC